CGACAAACUACAAACGUCAAACAGCUGAGCGAGGUGACUGACUGCUUGUAGUUGUUAGGCUUGUGGUCUUAAAUUCUUUUAUAUACUUAAUUUAAACUAAAAUUCUUUAAAAUAGUGUUUACGACGAUUAUUGCUCAAAGUAUAAAGCUAGUUUCAACAUGAGUGAAUUGAGCCAAGCGGAGUUAAGGAGACGUCGCUUAGAGAGGCUCGCUGCUCUAAGUGGUGCAGGUUCUAGCCCUACGCCCGUGAGCCCACCAGUCACUCCAGGGGCGUCAGUGCCCUCGCCAGAUGUCAAUCCUAUCCAAGUUCCAUUAUCCCGUUUGUCUCCUGCGCCGACUCCUCGUAGCUCCACAGAACCAACUACACCUGAUGCUAGUAACACUAACCAACAAUCAAACUAUUCAGAUGGGGAUAGUAAAAGUGAAGUAUCCAAUCAAAAUAAAAUACCAGCUGAUGGGUUAAUUGUAACUGAAAAAGCAGACAAUAAUUUGUUAGAUGAAAUGGCUGACACAAAAAUGACAGACUUGUCCCAGACAAGACAAUACAAUAGCUUCGACUCAAUGGGUGAUGACACACUAUUGUCUUGUGGCUCAGUGGGAGUGGGCCGUUUGAACAGCCUACCACAAACUGUAGAUGGAUCAGAGGGAACUUCUACGAGAGAAGACAGCACAUCAAGGUCAAUAUUUCCAGCACAGUUUGUUGAACCCUCUCCUGUAAGAACUAGACCUAGCACUGUGUCACCCAGCUGCUCACGGCGCUCUCUAUCUAUGGAAGUCGAUGAUGCAUCUGAAAGAAACUCACAGUCUGAACAACAGCAGGAACCAAUGGAGGUGGAAGAUGACUCAUCAGCAUCACCUGCACGAAAAAUAUAUCGAUCACGGACUGUAAGCUGUACUGAGUUGACAGAGGAUCAGCUGCGACAAAUUGUUGCAAAGAUCCUACAGGUCUCAUGGUCAGAUGAAAGUGCUGGUGGAAUUUUCGUACCAUCAGUUGCUGUGGCGUUACUCGAUAAUCCUAAACUAGGUUUAGAUGAAUUAGCAUCCCAUGCAAUAAUGGAUAUAAUCUUUCAAAUAACAGAUGGAUCAGAUCCUUUAAAUCAAAAACUAAUCGCCGUUUCUGAAACAUCUAAAAGACUGAGCGAAGAUUGCAGUGAUGACACAUUAACGAGUGGUCCCCUCGGAUCUGAAAUUGACGCUGAUAAGUUGGACUGCCCUACGCCAUCGCUACCUAUGCCCAAAACUAUUCCCACACAGGGUCUAGCUGUUAGCUACAUUUUAAGAUUUUAUAAUAACAUAAAUCUUUAUGAAAGAGAACAUCCAAAGAAAAGUUCAGAGCCGCCUUUGAGUGAUCUGUUGCAAAAUCUAAGAACUUUACUCGUGAAUCACUUGGUGCUAGUGCUACAGGGGGCUUUUGAGUUAGAAAAAUGCAAGAAAUCUCCACUUCUUCCUUAUAUUCUUAUUGGAAAUACGCCUACUGGACUUAUUCCAGAACUACUGCUUGCAACAUACUUGGACAAAGAUGUGUUUGAAGAGGUGUUCACGCCGCUGCUGCUGGGCGUGCGCGAGGAGAUGCGGCGCAGCGUGUCGCCGGCGGCGGGCGGCGCGCGGGGCGCGGGCGGCGGGCGCGGCGCGCGCGGGCAGGGCGCGGCGCUGCGCGCGCUGCGGGCGCUGUGCGAGCUGCGCGCGCCGCCGCGCCUGGCGCGCCGCCCCGUGGCCGAGCUGCUGGCGCGCCUGCGCAGCCUGUGCCCGCCGCCCGUCACCACGGCGCCCGGCCGCGAGCUCGCGCGCGUCAGCUUCCUCGGGCCCUUCUUCGCCAUAUCUUUAUUCGCGGAGGAGAAUCCGCGUCUAGCCGAACGCCUGUUCGCAACCGGCUCCGGGGACCGAAGUCUCGCGUUCGCGUUGCAGCGCGAGGUCGAAGCGAGUCGCAAUACGCUGCAUAACAUCUGCCACAAUAUACUCCUGUGUCCCGAGGCCAGGGAACCUCUGCUGAACUAUUUUGCAGCUCUUUUACAAAGAAAUGAGCGCAGAGCACAACUGUUGACUGACGAAAGGUCAUUAGCCGGCGACGGGUUCAUGCUGAACGUGUGCUCGGUGCUGCAGCUGCUGUCGGUGCGCAUCCGGCUGGAGCGCGUGUACCCGCUGUACGCGUUCCAGCCCGGCUCGUGGGCCAGCGUGCGCGACGACACGCGCCUUUACUUCACCGCGCAGGAGGCAGCCGACUGGCUCGAAUCACUCAAUAAUGACCCUAAUCACAAAUGGCCAGAAGCAAAGUUCCAGACGAUCUGUUGGUUCUUAACACUUCACAUGCAUCACGUUGCUCUCAUUCCUGCACUACACACUCAUCAGCGUCGUAUUCGGGCAUUCCGUGACCUGCAGAAGGUGAUAGAAGAGCUAGUGGCUGCAGAGCCCCAGUGGCGCAACAGUCUAUCUGCCUUCCGCAAUAGGGAAUUGCUCCGUCGGUGGCGGCGACAAAUUAAAAGACUACACAGGUCGAAGCAGUGCGCGGAGACGGCGCUGCUGGACGGCGAGCUGAUGCGGCGCAGCGUGCAGUUCUACGCGUCGGCGUGCGCGCUGCUCAGCGGCCAGCUCGACGCCGCGCGCGCCGCCUCCGCCGCCUCCUCCGCGCCCGCCGCCGCCGCCUUCCGCGCCCUGCCCGAGUGGUACGUCGAGGACAUCGCCGAGUUCAUGCUGUUCGCCGUGCAAUAUGUUCCGCAAAUAGUGGCAGACUAUAUUGAAGAUCCGAUAAUAACGUGGUUGCUGAACGCAAUCUGCCACUCGCAUCUCAUCAAGAACCCUUAUCUCGUUGCUAAGAUCGUUGAGGUGCUGUUCGUAAUCAAUCUCUCUAUGCCUCUCAAGUUGAAAAACGUAUACGAGAAGUUCAUGGACCAUCCGAUGUCGCAGACCGCUCUGCCGAGCGCUCUGAUGAAAUUCUACACGGAUAUAGAGACGACAGGACAAAGCACAGAGUUUUACGACAAGUUCACGAUACGAUUUCAUAUCAGCAUUAUACUCAAGGGGAUGUGGGAGCGGCCUAUUCAUAAACAGGCAAUUGUAAAAGAGUCGCGUUCGGGUCGCCAGUUCGUCAAGUUCAUCAACAUGCUUAUGAAUGACACCACAUUUUUAUUAGAUGAAUGUCUUACGUACCUCAAGCGCAUCCAUGAGGCGCAGGAGGCGAGCGGCGGAGCGGGGGGAGAGGCGCGCGCGCGGGGACUCGCUCAGGACGAGCGACAGUGCCGCUCGUACCUCACGCUCGCCAGGGAAACAGUGGAUAUGUUGGAGUAUUUGACCGUGGAGAUUAAGGAGCCGUUCCUGCGGGCGGAACUCGUUGAGAGGCUUGCCUCCAUGCUGAAUUUUAACCUGCAGCAGUUGUGUGGACCUAAAUGCAAAAACCUUAAGGUGAGACGGCCUGAGAAAUACGGAUGGGAGCCUCGGCGUCUGCUGAGCCAACUGGUGGACAUUUACCUGCAUCUUGAUUCGCCGCAAUUCCACGCCGCGCUUGCUGCUGACGAGAGAUCAUUCCGCAAAGAAUUGUUUGAAGAAGCAGCUGUACGGCUGGCAAAGUCUUGUAUCAAGACUACCACCGAAAUAGAGCGCUUUAAAGCACUCGCUGACAAUGCAUAUCAAAUUGCUGUAUCAAAUCAACAGAAGAGUGAUGAAUUCGCUGAUGCCCCUGAAGAGUUCCGGGAUCCGCUAAUGGAUACGCUUAUGACUGACCCUGUGUUACUACCGUCCGGGAAGGUGAUGGAUCGGUCUGUGAUACUGCGCCACUUACUCAACAGUGCGACCGAUCCUUUCAAUCGGCAGCCACUUACCGAGGACCAGUUGCGUCCAGCAACGGAACUUAAAGAGAAAAUCAGUCAAUGGCAACGUGAGAAGAAAGGAUCUACAUCGUAAGCAUACUAAGCCAACAUUAAAGUCUGAUGUAUAUAAUGUAAUACAUAUAUAAAGACUCCGCCUGGAUAUUUCCAGCUUUCGACGGACUAUUGUCCAUGCAUGAAUGUGAGAUUAUAAUAAGUACGAUUAUAAUUAAUUUGUGUGUGUUUUAUACACAUGAAACAAAAAUAAUAUGAUUGUGAUCAAUUGGAGAUUUGGGGAUAUGAUAAAACUUGUAAGUAUUCGGCGUGCUGACGAUAGUGCUGCAGUAUGAGCCAUCUCGUGUGCAUACAUCAUUACUAUAGUUAUCAAAUUAUAAAUAUAUUUUUCUUUGUAACACACUUAUCACCUAGCACUGUUUCAAGUUGCAAUAUUAGACUCGUAAUAUUUUAAUAUCACAUCAAUAAAUGGCCUAAAUUUUAAAUUUAUUCAAGUCCAUUAUAAGGUGCUUGUUCGAAAUUGGACCCCAAACAUCUUUCAAAUGUGGAAUGAAGCUUAUACAUCACCGUAAUAUGGUGUAUUCUUGCAUUUUAUAUGAAACCAAUUACAGAUAUUGCAUGCAAGUCAUUUCUAUUUUAGAUUAAUUAGCCCAACAUUAGUGUAACUAAUGAUAUAGUUUUAAAAAAUUACUGUAAACAAUUAGGUAUUCUAUGGAAAGUUGAAGACUAUUUUUUUUUUUUCUAAAUAAAAGAGUAGAAAUGAAUUUAUUAUAUUUUAUGUAUUAAAUUACUAUUCGCUAUAGUGAUAUUAUAUUUAGUUUUGUUAGCAGACAUUAUUAUUAACGUUAUUAUAUCAAUGAUGUGAUUUGUUCCUUUUAUUUUAGUUGUCAAUAUUAUCUCACAUUUUGAAAUGGAAUUAGAGAACAUUACUCAUAAUAUAGUAUUGUAUACUUAGUAGUGUCGACAAGUAUAUCAUUUAAAAAAUUUCUCCAGUCACUGCCAAGUAAUCAACAUAUUCUUUAGAGCCGAUAAAAGUCCAUUUCUUUUAAAAUUACAAAUGGUCUCAUUGUAUUAUAAUAAUUUUACUUGUAUUUAACUUUAUAAUAUGAAGAUUAUAAUGCUAGAGGUCUUUUAUGUUAAAAUGUCAAAUAAAAUGUAAUAAUAACUGUA